CCCCUUGCUUCUGUCCUGGGGCCACCAUGUGCGCCUCUGCCUGCCUGCGAGGGAGAGGGAGAAAGAGGGCGAGAGAGAGGGGAGCCUGUAACUUCUCCCAUUGGCAGGGCCCGGGCAGCUCCUCCCCUUUCCCUUGCCUGCUGCUCUUUUAUAAACCUGGUGCCGCUUUCGAUCUCCCAGUCCUGCAGAUGCACCCCGUGGGCCCUCCUGCACAGAGGCCUCCCCCUGGCAGUCCCUCUGCCUUGCAAGCGCGGGGUUCCCCCUGCUUCCGCCCCUCGCGCAAGCCCCAGGCUCUCCUCCCGCCCGUCCGCCCUCCCUCCUAGGCUAUGGAGCUGGGCUGGGCGUGCAGCUCCCUGCUGUGGCUGCUUUUCCUCUCCAGCCUGGCCGUCAAACUCCUGCGCGCUGACCUGUUGCUGACCCCCGGCCUGCUGCUCCAGGUGGGGCUCCUGGUCCUGCUGCAGGGCUUCAGCCGAGCCUUCCUGCCUCUGCCCCUGGGCACAGCUCUCACGGGCACCGCCUGCUGGCUUGUCUUGGCAGGGGCCACACAGAGGAAGAGGAUCCCUGCGGUGGGGAGAGCCGUUCUCAUCACAGGAUGUGACACUGGCUUUGGAAAGGUGGCUGCUCAUCACUUAGACACCCUGGGACUGACCGUCUAUGCUAGCGUCCUGGAUCUGAAGAGUCCUGGCGCAGAGGAGCUUCGGCGGAGCUGCUCGUCACGCCUGACCCUGCUGGAAAUGGACUUGACCAAAGCUGAGGACAUCCAGAGAGUCUUGCAGUUCAUCAAGGCUCAGACAGUGAGGACAGGGCUCUGGGGCCUGGUGAACAACGCCGGCAUCAACACCACCCUUGCGGAUGCAGAGCUGACGCCUCUCCACGACUUCCGCAGCUGCAUGGAGGUGAACUUCUUUGGCACUUUGGAGCUGACCCAGGGGCUGCUGCCUUUGCUGCGCUCCUCACAAGGAAGGAUCAUCACCAUCAGCAGCCCGGCAGGUAACAUGCCGUUCCCCUGUUUAUCUGGCUACGGGGCAUCCAAAGCUGCUCUCAGCCUCGUCAUGGACACUCUGCAGUAUGAACUUGCACCCUGGGGGAUCCAAGUGAGCGUCAUCCUCCCAGGGUAUUUCAAAACUGAUGGUUCUUGUAAUCAUGUUUAUUGGAAAGAAAGGAAGGCUCAGCUGCUGGCAGCUCUAUCCCCUGACCUCCUGGAAGCCUAUGGAGAAGAAUACCUGGAAGACAUCAACAGGCAGUUUCUUGCUUCCAUGAAGUUUGCUGUGGAGGACCUCAGCUCAGUCGUGGAAAGCAUUGUGGACGGCCUCCUGUCUACCAGGCCUCUGGUGAAAUACUACCCGGGGAGAGGCCUGGGCCCCAUGUACUUCAUCCACCACUACCUGCCCCACACCGUCCGCAACCUCUUCCUCAAAGCCUUCUUCAUCAACCCAAAGUUGCCCAGAGGGCGGCAGCCAAAGCCUUGCAACAGCCCCCAGAAACAGUGAAGGGCACCUUGACAGAGAAAGCCCCUGGAAAGACUUCAGGGCCCAGAGUAGCUGCUUAAGGUGUUUCUACUGAAAAUGCACCAGCUCAUUUGUGUCAGUGCAGGGAGAGGGCAAGCUGUGGCCAUUGCUGCUACCCAGCCAUUAAUGCCUUUUUCCUAAGUGAGCAUUAAAAUUAUAGGAAGAUGGUGGGAUUGGGACCCAUUCGCUUCAAUGAACAGUGUGCUAGAAAAGCCCUACUGAGACCCAUGAUUGUUGCAUUUGGGGAAGGGGGGAGUUACCAGUGGCAAGUGACCCUCCCCCCCAAUUCCUGGCUAGCUUUUCUCUCUCCCUUUGUGCCAAAGGAGGUGGCUGCUGCUGCUAACCGAUAGUGAAAGGGCUUCACCAUACCUCAGCUUUGUGAUAUACCUCUCCGUAAACUUCAGCUGAGCCAAUGCCAUGUCUCCUCACUGUACUGUGUCUUCUUCACUGCAAAUAGCCAAAGGCCUUUCCAGCUUCUCAGUCUGUAUGUAGCACACUCCCCACCCCAGCACAAGCACGGUAAUAUUCAUUAACAAUAGUCACCAGAGAAAUCAUGAUCAAAAUCAAAGUAUUAUAAUUAUGAAUCUAUAUUAGCCAUAAUUGGUACCUAUCUGAAUCACUCAGUUCAAUCAAUAAA